AUGGCGACUCCAGACUAUUCGAAGGCGAAGUGGGACUACGGAUACAUCCCGGACUAUCAUAGUCUUACGAAAGAAACCUUGGAGCAGCGGUUGAAGGACAAGUUCGGAAACUGGAAUUUUUAUGUGGAGACCCGCAACUCAGGCUUCACACGUCGAGACCAGAACCGCAUGGCUCUCAAUCGGUUCCUGCAUUCCUGUGACCGAGCUAGUCAAUAUCCUGCCAACCUUCUGGAUCCUGGCACGGGCGCGUCUAUACUUGACGAAUAUGUGCGGAGAUUCCGCGAGCGUAUCAAUGAUGAUUUGCGGCUGUUUCAGCCAGAAGUCUACGCAAACAUCGGUGUCCAUCACUACCGCGACGAAAAUGGCCAACGACACUUUCACGAAGAAGAGGUUACUUCAUUGUCGCAACUCAAGCGAGUUCUGUCUGGUGGAACAGCCCAGCCGCCAAAGGACAGCCCAUGUACUCUCGUGUUUGUUGGCGCUGAAAGUUCUCGUCACCCACUGAAAAUCAGCAAGGAUAUGAUGCUCUGGCUCAUGACUUUCUAUCAAGUGUUGCCAGCGUUUCUGGAUUUUCUUUUUGCCUUCGGAGAGAAAGUGCACGAUCUAGACUUCCACUCUGGUGGAUUUCGGGACGACACUCGCGUCGGACCAGGCCUCGCUAGGGAACGACUUGAGGCACUGGGUCGCUCUGGUCGGGAUACACAGUUGUGCUACAAUCUGAAAACCUUCGAAGCGAAGCCAGGCCUCCGAUGGCCAUGGUCCAGUCGACAAGCAGCAAUCUUCCAUUCUUUUGAUGCAGAACACGGUCAAGCAAGCUGGAUUGUCAUCAAAGCCAAUAAUGCUCUCCGCGAUCGCCUGAAGGAGCUCUCGAUCUCCUCGCUGGCUAAGGACCAUGAAACCUACACCAACAUCUCCAAACAGUUUGCAUUCACCUUAGCAUGCCACUUGGUCGUCAUCGAAUGGUGCGGGGAGAACUGGCGCAAAUAUCUGUCUGAUAUCGAGCACCUGAUCUUGCCGUUUCGCCGCCGUGCAGUCGUUGACAAGGUGCCUAAAUUCGUUCCCGAAGAUAUUUCGGGUCAACAGGAAGGACAAAACAUUGCUAUGCUUCCUCAACAGCCGCGCCGAGAUACACUCCGUCAGUUUGCGCUCGGCAGUCGGAAUUCGACCUCGUUGGCUGCUGCUGCGCAGACCAACGCAAUGCCAAGCCCAAAUCCACAGCUGACAGGGCCGGUGCCGAUCGCCGCAACAGACUUGCCACGUGAGCCUCCGAAUCUGCCGCCUGGAUAUGACGCCAAGGUGUCUAGCGGCACCACUACCGAAGAUGAUCAAAGGACAUCACAGAUCCAUGAUCUCCAAGACGCUCAGGCUCUAGAGAAUAAGGUGACCGAAGCGAGGCUGGUGCUCAGCAGCAACAUUAGUGUGUUGAACCAAAUCACGGCUUACUAUCAUGACCUUUCCAGCUGUCCAGAUCUUCCACGAUCUUUACAGUCCAUAAUUCAACGAGAAGUCGGUCGUUUCGUGAGGCGGGUCUCCGCUGUCCAAGGGGAUCUCGAGUUGCAUCUAGCACGGAUUGAAAACAUGUCGAGCCAGAUUGGCAAGUACAAAGACUUUCUCUACAGCAUUGUCGAGUACCAGGCUGUGCAAGCAAACCUCAACUUCGCACACGAAGCCAAACACUCUGCAAAUCGCAUGGAAAGGAUGACGAAGCAGAUGCAGGAGAUGACAACGAGAACUCUUGUGGAGACAGUCUCGAUGCGCAUCAUAACUGUUGUUACUGUGUUCUUCCUGCCAGCAACGUUUGUCUCUACUCUGAUGUCAACAGACAUCGUCCACUAUCAGCCCUCCGACUCUAGCAUAACAUCUGGCAGCUCCUCGGCAGGAGCGGUGAAGCUCUUCGUCUGCCUGUCACUCUGUCUCAUGGCAGGCACUUUUGCAGGUGGGUUUGGAUUCUGGUGGGCUGCAUUAAGCAUUCCAACAACAUUAUGA